AUAAAAAAAAAUGUAUAAGCUUUGGGUUAUCAACUACAGCAGAAUGCUUGAGAGUGAUAUUUUAGAUAUAGGUUCACGGUAUGAAACGGAUUCUAGAAUUACGAAAAUUGAAUAUCAUUCAUAUACGCCGUAUACAACAUCGUUUAAUAAUAAUGACGAGAUACGUAUAUCAAUCCAGCAAACAGAUGUUUAUCCAUAUCUACAUGAGAGCUUUAUUUUCCUUGAAGGAAUAAUAUCGGAAGCUGACAAAGUGAAACUAUCUAAUAAUGGUUACUCUUACCUCUUUGAACAAAUACGAUUAGAAAUCAAUGGGAUAGAAGUAGAUAGUACACGUAUUCUUGGAAUCACUAGCUCGUUAAAAGGUUACUUAUCCUGUACACCAGACAACUAUCAUUGUUAUGAGAAUUCUGGCUGGAAUUUUAAAAAUACAUCACAAUCAGCAAACGAAAAAGGUGAAUUUAGUGCUUGCAUUCCGUUGAAAUAUUGGCUAGGUUUUUUUGAAGACUUUAAAAAAAUAUUAGUUAAUUCUAGAUUGGAAUUGAUAUUAACUCGAAGCCAUACCGAUAUAAAUGCGUUAAACUCAAAAACUGGUGUAGCUGCUCCAACUAUAGGUAAAGUGAUUUUAAACAAAAUAGUCUGGAAGGUUCCACAUAUUACUGUUGACGAUGAAGAAAGGUUAAAGUUAUUGAAACUUGUAGAAAAAGAAAAAAGUUUGUUUAUACCUUUUAGAUCUUUUGAAACUUUUGAAUAUCCUGAACUCGGGACUACUAAAAAAGUUGUAUGGAACUUGAAAACUGCUUCGAAAUUAGAAAAACCACGAUUUAUCAUAAUUGGAUUGCAGAAGGGACGUAAAAAUUCGUUUUCAAAAGAUAGUAGUAUAUUUGAUCAUUGUAAUCUAACAAACGUUAAAGUAUUUCUAAACUCGAUAGCUUAUCCGUAUGAUAAUUUAAAUUUAGAUUUUGCAAAAAAUAAUUUUACCUUAUUAUAUGAUAUGUAUACAUCUUUUCAAGAAUCGUACUAUGAAAAAAAUAUACGGAACCCGAUAUUGAGUAAUUCCACUUUUGUAUCUAGCGCUCCGAUUAUAGUUAUCGAUACUUCAAAACUGAAUGAUUCGGCUACAGCCUCAGCAGUGGAUGUUCAAUUGGAAAUUGAGGCAUCGGAAUCCUUUACAGGUGUAACUGCUUAUUGUUUAUUAAUUCAUGAUCGUAUCGUAGAAUAUGUACCUUUUACUAGAGAAGUAAGAAAACUUGUGUAA